GGAGACAACAGCUGCAGCCGGAGGAGAAGAAGAUGAACACCGCUAUGAUGCAUUAGCUCUGCUCUAGUAUAUAACUCACCACUGGAUAUCAUCACCAAGUCAACAGGAGAGCCUCUUUAAUCACCUGGCAAACCAAAAGAAACUUCCUCUUACCUGGAAAAGGAGAAAAGAAGAAAAAUAUAAAAGGCAAGAAACAGGACCAGGAGAAGCAGAGCAUUAGAAGAAGAAGUGUCUUGGUGCUGGAUGGGCAACAUGUUCCUGUGGGUCGCCUUGCUGAUGUCUCGCUGUUUCUGGGGUCUGAGUGGAGCUGCAGCAGAACAAAGCUCAGAACUGGAGAGGAUAGAGAAAUGUGGCACCCGGUGUUCUCAGGGCCUUCACUGCAGGACCAAGCCAGGCGCCUGGUUUCCUCCUCCGUGUCAGGACCCUGCUCAAGGUCUCAACUCCUCCUCCGUGUUCACCAACAUCAGCCUCUCCACAGUCAUGAGCUGCGAGGGCAGACAGAAGUGUUCGCUACACCUUCAAAUCAAAACCGCAGUGCACCUAACUGAGUCGAUCCAUGGUGUUUCCAUCUGCACCGUCACUGCUGGUAUGAUGUCAAACUGCCAAGUGUUCACCUUCACGAAAGCUUCGAGAGGACGAAUGUCCGGACGGAAGGUGGAAGUUGAGAAUAAUUGCUUUGACAUUUCACCAAGCCAACGCGUGCAAGUUACAGUGAAAACUGUGCCGAGCUACUGCGGAGUAACAUGGACAAGCACCUAUGAAGCUCCAGGUUGCAUCAAUAAAGAUUUGCGACAACACGUCCCAGAGUGCAUCACCGGGAAGCUAUCAUAUGACGUAAAGCCGGAGAGGAAAGAGCUGAGUGUCAGGGUGACAGACAUGCUGGAGGAUUAUGACUACUUCCUGCGUCUGUGCCGUAACGAUUUCAUCUGCAAAGGCACAGGGGCCGAAACAAAGAUAAAGAAAGGAGAUCCCGUAAUGAGCGCAACCCUCCCGUACUCACGACCUUUGCCCUGCCUUUGCAUCGAGGGUUGGUCAUUGCUGACGGAUGCCCCCAGGGUCCAGGUCUGCCCCUUCAAAGACCGUCUGGAGGAGCUGUGGUUUGGAAUUAACUUCGACCCCCUGGAGGAGACGCUAUCAUGGGAACCCGAGUGCCAAGUGUCUGCUGUGGUUGCGUUGUGUCAGAAAAGAGAGGACGGCGUCUGUUUGGAUCUGCCUCACGCCUCACAGAAAGUCAGCAGAGAAAAGAUAACAUUUGCUAAAGUGGAUCCACACCCUCAGCUAUGCAUGAAGUUCACUGCAGGCCCUCAGUCCUGGGUUAAGUGUCCCUUUGCCGAUGCAACAUUCAAAGCAUGGGAGGUGGUUGUGACGAGACAACAAGGUCAGGAAGACGUGAAGAUGUUGUCUCGCAUCACUGCAACGUUUUCUGUGGGGCAGUGUGUGAAGUCUGAAGUGUCGACUGGGUGCCAGAUCACUGACACGCACACCAUGCAUGUGGUGAAGAAUAAACCUGUUGACUUCAAACUGGAAGGGGAAAUGUGCAACUCUUGUCUUGUGGUGAAGAGGCUGGAUGUGAAGUUUGCUGCAACAGUUAUUCACUGUCUUGAGCAAUGCCAAUCGUCAUCGCCCCCCAGCGCUGGCUUCUCCAGGCAAGCCUCUCUGGACUGGACUUGGGUCGUUGUUCCUGCUAGCAUUUGCCUCUCUGGCAUCAUUAUCAUCACUCUGUUGCUCAACUUACUGCUAACCGUGUACCAGAGGAGAAAACAGAACAUGAAUGGAGGCUGUAUCUCUGAGAAGCAAAUAGAUCCUGCUUUUGACUGUGUUGUCCCUGUAUUACCAACUAAAUCUGCUCUCCAUGGAGGGGUCCUCAUACCUGAUUCACCCCAGUGUGGGAACAAUGAGAAGGCCAACUUAAUAUCUGACUGACCAAAGAACAGUGCUACCAUUAAAAGCAUUUAUUGUAAGGUGCGGUAAAAACUGUAAAGUUGUUACAUGACCAAAUGAGUUCUCUCUUGAAUGCAGCGUAUGGACUGUACUUAUAUAGCGCUUUAUCCAGUCUUUAAGACCCCUCAAAGCGCUUUACAUACUACAUGUCAUUCACC